AAUCUUUCUUCCUUGUACACCCACACCAUUGUUGUUGUUCGUUGUUGUAAUUGUUGGGGGGUUCAUCCAGAAAGAAAGAAGAAUGGCUACUUCCUCCGUUGCUGCUACUUCAUUUCAAACCUUCAGAUUGAGUACCAGAAACUUAUUAAUAUCACAUGACAACCUGUGCCAUUUUGGCUCAAACUCUUAUGGAUGGAAGUCUUCGCAUCUGGCCGAGACUUGCAAGUCGGGCAGGGCAGUUCAUAAAUCGUUCAGGGGUUAUUCGGUGGUUACCCCGAUGGCUCUCGCAGCAAAUGCCAGCCAAGAUACGGAUGACAUGUAUGAUGAUUUGUUCAAGAAAUAUGGCAAGGUUGUGUACAAAAGGAACGACCAAACGUCUCCCAUUGCAGAGGUCGAUGAUGAUGCCGAAUGUUUGGCUUUUGCUGUGGCAUUAGCAAAGAUUGCGAGUGAUGUCAAGGCAGCAGAAAUAAAACUCCUCUUUGUAAAACCUCUGGUCUAUUGGACAAAAUUCUUCCUCAUCACCACUGCGUUUUCUAGACCUCAAAUUGAUGCCAUCCGGACUAGAAUAAAUGAUCUAGCUGAGAAACAGUACGGGAAAUUUGCAACUGGAGAUACGAAAGCCAAUUCAUGGACCUUGUUAGACUUUGGUGAUAUAGUUGUGCACAUAUUUCUUCCGGAACAGAGAGAACUUUACAACUUGGAAGAGUUUUAUGCCAAUGCAACUCCCAUAGAGCUACCUUUUGAAAACCAACAAAACUUUGGCCGAUAAAAGAUGGCAGUUUAAAGCAGAUGAGGUGUUGCAGCCUUCCAUGAGAAAAUAAUUGAAUCCUUGUAGGGGAACAGAUUUUUUCAUGUGUAUGAUCAAAUGGAAUGCUGGUGCUGGAGAGAACAUCUAAGGUGUAGAUUAGAAGGUCAUCCGGAUUGUCUUGGUUGUAUUUUAGUGUAAUCAUAGGGAGAAAUCGACCGAAGUUGGACCAAGGAUGAAAUACUAAGUGAAAUAUGGUUUCUCUGUAAUGUUGUAUGAAAGCAUGACUAUCAUUUUAAGCUAUAAUCAAUAUCUUCAACCGUGGAUUCGUGGAA